CUGGAUUUGGAAGGAAGGAGGAAGGAAGGAUUCAUCCUCAGUAAAAUGCAACCUUUCAUUUGAAACGCACCCAUUGAAAAAGCAAUAUUACAUCUGGACAAGACAUGGCCCCCAUCGCUUCCGAUUUAACACCUGAACAAAGAGAGCAGCUCUGUGGCCUGCUGGGAAAUGUGGAUCUGACUCUUCUCUAUAAAGCUUCUGUUCAUGGAUAUGAAGCGUCUGCCUUCCACCAGAGAUGUGACAAUCAGGGUGCCACUUUACUUGUUGCCUACAACAAUUCAGGUGACAUCUUUGGUGGAUACACUAGUGUAGAUUAUACUCAAAGUGGCCAGGAAAUUGCAGAUAAGGAAGCUUUCCUGUUCAGCAUUCGAAGUGGACGUCUUCUGUGCAUCAAAGUUAAUGGAGGAUAUAAAGCACGUCUUGAUGAUGCUGAAAUGCCCAACUUUGGUCAACAGUUGUUCUUUUGCUACAACAAUCAACCAGUUGUAAAUUACAAAGAAAUUCCAAAUUACAUAAAUUCCUUUCGGCCAUUUAGAUUUAAUCCUGACACUUUGUAUGGAAAUAACAAUCAGCUGACUGAAUGUGAAGUGUACAAAAUCAAGCAGACUCUUCAGGUCAGCAUCAAAGAAAAGCCAUGGAGGAAUAUUCUUUGGACAGCGGAACGAAGGGAAGAGCUGAUGGCAGUCAUUAGGAGUCACAAACUCCUCCUAUCAUCUGUGAGCCGGGUCAGAAUUCUAAUGCUCGGCCCUGUUGGUGCUGGAAAAUCCAGUUUUUUCAACUCCAUCAACUCCAUCUUCAUGGGAUACGUGACCAGCAAAGCCAUGUCAGGAUCUGCUAAAUCUAGUGUCACCACACAGUUUCGUAUGUACCCAGUAAAAGAUGGUCAUGAGAGAAAGCCAUUGCCCUUUGUGUUGUGUGACACCAUGGGCCUCGAGGAGCAAUCAGGAGCAGGACUUGAUAUUAAAGACAUCACCAGCAUUCUUCAAGGACACAUACCAGACCGCUAUAAAUUCAACCCCAUCACACCAUUUCAACCUGAUGAGCAGAAGUCCUCCAGACCUGCGUCUCUCCAGGAGAAGAUCCACUGUGUGGUGUACAUGAUCGACGCCACCAAAAUCUCCCUCAUGUCUGAGAAACUAGAAGAAAAACUUACUUCUGUACGUUCUCUAAUCAAUUCGCAUGCCAUUCCCCAAAUGGUCGUGAUGACAAAAGUCGAUGAAGCUUGUCCUCAUGUGCAGAAAGACCUUCAAAACGUUUAUGCCAGUUCCUACACCAAGUUGAAGGUGCAGGAGGUGAGCUCUCGCUUGGGUGUGCCGGUGUCUUGUGUUUUACCGGUGAAGAACUACAGUCAGGAGCUGGAGCUGGAGCUCAACUGUGAUGUCCUGCUUCUCACUGCUGUACAGCAGAUGCUUCGAUUGGCAAAUGAUUAUCUGGAUGAUGUUGAUUCCUUUUAGGCCAUAGAAAGCACUGCAAAGAUAGAUACAGGGUUAUACAGUUAAAGUCAGAAUUAUUAAUGCCCCUAAAUUUUUAGCCCCCCUGUUUAUUUUUUCACCCAAUUUUCUGUUUAACGGAGAGACUAUUAUAAGUAGUAGUAGUAGUAGUAAAUAGUUUUAAUAACUUCUAAUAACUGAUUUAUUUUAUCUUUGCCAUGAUGACAGUAAAUAAUAUUUGACUAGAUAUUUUUCAAGACACUUCUAUACAGCUUAAAGUGACAUUUAAAGGCUUAACUAGGUUAAUUAGGAUAGGGUUAGGGUAAUUAGGCAAGUAAUUGUAUAACGAUGGUUUGUUCUGUAGACUAUUGAAAAAAUAAAUAGCUUAAAGGGGUUAAAAUUUUUACAUUAAAAUGGUUUUUAAAAAAAUUAAAAUAGCUUUUAUUCUAGCCGAAAUAAAACAAAUAAAACUUUCCCAGAAGAAAAAAUAUUAUUAGACAUACUGUGAAAAUUUCCUUGCUCUGUUAAACAUCAUUUAGGAAAUAUUUAAAAAAGAAAAAAAAAUUAAAGGGGGGCUAAUAAUUCUGACUUCAACUAUACCUCUCAAUUAUCACAAUGGUUCAAAUCAAAAAAUAGCUAUUCUGUUUGUUUUUUAAUACAAAGUAUCUUUCAUAAGAUCUUUCACAAUUAUACAUAAUAUACAUUUAGAAAAUGGUGGUAAAUGUCCCUAUGUCAUAAUAAAGAUCAUAUAUUGUUAAGCUGCGCAUUAUGUUAUAGUUACUGUUACUUUUGUAGUUGCAAAAUAUUCCACAAUCAUAUGUACAGUGUAGCACUAAAUUUAUGUGUAAUGACUGCACUUAGAGAAACACUGAUGUUGAUUAUAAAGGUUAUAAUCUAUAUAUAUAAUCUGUGAAUGGAACCAUAUCAGUU